ACACAAUUAAAUGUUUUCUGGUGGGUAGUUUCCUAGUACCCACAACCAUCGCUGAAGCAUAGUCAUAGCAGGUACUAUGAAGCCUAUUCAGUUCGUCUACCUCGCCAUCUUUGUCCCCGUCGCUUGGGUGAUUGCAGUUCUUGCCAUCCUUGUCGCCAUCGCCGGGGUGAACGCAGUUCCCGCCAAUGACAUCCGAACCUGCGGGAGUAUUUGCUACAAAUCUCAACCCAACUGCCCACCACAGUCGACAGCUACUAUUGUGGGUCACUGCUGGACCUGCUGCACUCAAAAUGAGCGCCUGGAUUAAGUUUCAAAGUAUCGCCAUUAAAUUUGUAAAGAGUGGCACGUAGUAUGAAAUGUAUCACCUGUAACCAGUUUGAAAUCGAG